UCGCGAAAGGGUUAUUAUAAUUUUUUAUUGUAGAAAAGAUAUAAUUUGACAAAUUCGAUUUCAAUUCAGUUCUGUUAUCACUGGCAGCAAUAUUUUACCACGAUAGCAUUAUUUAGCGAGGUGGAGUUGUUACCGGUUGUUUAAUGGGCUAAGGCCCGAAGAUGUCGGGCUAGGUUAGGGUGUCCAUCUCAUCAAACGAAGAGCAGCGACGGAGGGAGGCGAAGAGAGGGAGAGAGACAGAGUUGAAUCGCUUCUCCAAAUUAUAGAUGGAUUGAUGGCUUUGGUUACUGUGAACGAGACAGUGACUUGAAGAGAUUGAUUGAAUUGCGGAAAUACAAAAUGGCUGCUCUGUUAAUAUCAUGUGGAGAAUCAUCCGCAUCAUCACAUAUAUUUCUUCUUCGAUUAUUGGACCGAGCUAUGGACACCAUCAAGCACCAUACUGCUCAGAUAUUUGCCAACAUUUUCUGCCGUGAAUCUAUUAUAGAUCCAAAUGCAAGUUAUUUUUUUGACGAUAUGGUGAAAACUCUUAGUAAUCGUUGCCGCUUAAGAAGAGAUAACAAGAAUCUCAAUGAUGAAGACGAUCCGCAAGUGGUUUUCAAUGUUUUGGAUGCUAUGCUUAAGGGUAGUUUGGAACGCUUGAAAUCAAUGAGGGAAAGCAUAGGCAUAUCAUCCGUGAAGGUAGGCCUUGCAGGGCGAUCUGUGGAUGUUAGUUAUGCUGGACAUGCAUCUCUAGUUAGGGAUUUAUGUUUGGCGGGCAAGUUGGGAGCUGCUCUAUGGCUUAGGAGAAAACUGUUACAUAAAGGUUUUGUUCCCGAUAUUCUCACACACAAUUUUUUGGUAAAUGGACUGUGCAAUUCUGGGGAUUUGCAGAAGGCUGAUUGCCUUAUCAAGGAGAUGUUAGAAAUAGGCCCCUCUCCUAAUUGUGCCACUUUUAACACUUUUAUAAAGGGUUAUUGUCUUCUAAAUAAUGUUGACAAAGCUCUCUAUCUUUUUUCUAGUAUGUCUGACAGUGGUGUCAAGCCGAAUAGGGUUACUUUAAACAUACUCGUGCAUGCUCUUUGCAAGAGAGGCCUUUUGGAGGAUGCCAAGAAACUUCUUGGAGAGCUAUUAGAUGAUAAUGAAAAAGCAAGAGUAAAUUUAAUUACUUCAACUAUACUUAUGGAUGGCUGUAUCAAGAAUGGGGAUAUGGUUCAGGCCCUUGGAAUUUGGUAUGCCAUGUCCCAAAACAACACUUUAAUGGACUCUGUCGCAUAUAAUGUUCUUAUCCAUGGAUUCUGUUUGACUCGAAACAUGAAACUUGCAUAUAGCUACUCCUGCGAUAUGCUCAAAAGAGGAUUGCUACCGGAUAUCUUUACAUAUAACACUCUCAUAUCUGGUCUUUGCAAAGCAGGAAAGCUCUACGAGGCUUGUUACAUCCAUGAUGUAAUGUUGAGAAUGGGAGUUGCCCCUGAUCAGAUAUCAUACAAAAUUGUGAUUCAGGGCCUAUGUACACGGGGGGAUGUUCUUAAGGCCAAUGAGCAUCUUCAUUGUAUGUUAGAGAAGUCGAUGGUACCUGAGGCUCAUGUGUGGAACCUUAUAAUUGAUGGUUUUGCGAGAUGUGGAGAUUCUGCUAAUGCAUUUUCCAUUAGAGAUCAAAUGUUGUCAUUUGGUGUUGUACCAAAUGUGUUUACCUACAAUGCGCUGAUUCAUGCACAAGUAAAAACUGGAAAUAUUGUUGAUGCAUAUUCUCUAAAAAAGAUGAUGCUUUGUCAUGGGCUUUUCCCUGAUGUGAUUACAUAUAAUCUUUUGAUUGGUACAGCUUGUAAUGCAGGGAGAAUUUCAAUUGCAGUUCAGUUGUAUUAUGAAAUGCUGAGAAGUGGACAUGAACCAGAUAUAAUAACCUACACUGAGCUCAUUAGGGGUCUUUGUAUGAGGGGUAACAUGAAGGAGGCAAAGGAACUUUUUGCCAAGUUACAGAAUACUGGCCUUACGGUUGAUCAUGUUCCUUUUCAGCUACUUAUCAAGAAGUAUUGCAGAAUGGGGGAGACUGAUGUGGCAUUUGACCUCUAUCAGAAGUGGCUGACCAAAAGCAGAGGAGUCUUUCUUUAAGUCACUUUUGUGCAGUGCCAGAGCAGCAUUUCGUUUGCUAGUCAUAGUUCUUAAAAUUGACUGACAACUAGCACUUCUGUCUAUGAGGAACUUUGAAUUUUGCACAUGCUCUGUGUGGAGUUCUCUAUACAAUGCAACUCAUCGUAUCACUACCUGUUAAAUUGUGGGCUUUUGGAAAUCUGGGAUAUUGUGUAGCACAUUCAACUUGCUGUUAACAUUAGCAAGGAACAGAGCUUUGGGUUUAUCAUAUUUGUUGAAGCUCAGUAGCACUGUUUGGAGCUCAACAAGAAUGAAGACUUUGUACUGCAAGCAGCUGCAGAUUACAUUCGCCAACAAGCAAACUACACCCUACUUCAAGUAUCACCCUGCUGCUUCUGAGAAGCAUGAGCCAUGAGGAGAAAGCUUCACAAGAACUGUAGCAGUAUAGCACCUUGAGCAUGCAUCUUAAUAAUUUUUGAAGUCUAGCAGUCUACUUUUCGAAGUUAUGAAUGACCCUUGGUUUUGGUUUUAUCAGAAGCAGGGUUGUGAUGCAACAAGAUGUGGGGAUCAUUAGCAUGAUAUUUUCGCGACGCCAUAUCCAAAAGAAUUGUCUACUGAAACUAGUGUACCCUUUCGAAGGUCUAAUAUUGGAGAAGAGUCUCGAGGAUUCGGGCACUGCAGCUUCUCUGCAGUGCCCAUGCUUAUGUUUGUGGAGGAAAAGUAUGUGUGCUCCAGUUUUUAGAUUGGGCAUUGCUGAAGAAAUGGUGAGCCAUUUUGGGGAGUUAUCUAAUUAUGUAAUUUGGAUGAAUUGGCAAUUGCUGUAGCAAUCAACUCUGUGCAUAAAAACGAACGUGAAACAACAAACUGGUGUGCAGUGCAAGUAAUGAUGUGCGUUAUUUGAAAAGUGUACUGCUGUGGAAGUAACGAUAUGCAAUUGCUUCGAGCCUUAUUCAGAUAUUGGAUGAGAAAUCAAGCAUUGCAUUGUUAAUGUGUAUUUCAUACCCAGGGGCAUUUUUAGGCAGUAGAUUUAUCUGAGAGUAAAGUCUUUUUCUUUUUUCCCAUAAUAGUAUUGGAUGGAAAUCAUCACGGGCAACUCUUGUAAAAGGAGGAUCCAUUAAUUUUUAAAUGUUGAAAAAAGAAGUAUAAAUGGAAAAAAGAAAUCCAAUUUAAUUAUAA